AUGACUGAUCCCUAUUCAGAUAAUUUCUACAAGUGCUUCAAAUUCAACCCUCUUCACCAUUUUCUCACUUCAAAUCCUCCUGAAACUCCACCUCCUUCACCUCCUCUAAGGGAAGCCCUUCCACUUCUGACCCUAUCUCCCACAAGAUACGAAGAACAAGAACCUUCUUGUUCACACACCAUGGAUUUGGACAAGACCAAAGCCAGACUAGAUCAUAGUCAAACCCAAAACAUAUUUUCAGCUCCUGAUAACAACGUGGAGGACGACGGAGAUGUUGCUGUUGCACUACACAUAGGGUUACCAAACCCUAGUGCUUCUGAUCUGGCUUCUAUGCGAUCUUCUACUGCUGAAAGUACUAAUAAAGAUGAAGAGGCUGAUCUUUCUGGGUACCCCAUCAACAGACUCAACAAGGGACAGUAUUGGAUUCCAACACCUUCCCAGAUUCUUAUAGGUCCAACCCAGUUUUCAUGUCCUGUUUGCUUCAAGACUUUCAACAGAUACAACAACAUGCAAAUGCAUAUGUGGGGGCAUGGAUCACAGUACAGAAAAGGGCCUGAAUCUCUAAGGGGAAUUCAGCCAACAGGAAUGCUUAGGCUUCCUUGUUAUUGUUGUGAACCUGGCUGCAGAAACAAUAUUGAUCACCCAAGAGCAAAGCCCUUAAAAGAUUUCAGAACACUUCAAACACAUUACAAGAGGAAACAUGGAAUCAAGCCUUUUAUGUGCAGAAAAUGCGGAAAAACUUUUGCAGUGAGGGGAGAUUGGAGAACCCAUGAGAAAAAUUGUGGCAAACUCUGGUAUUGCAUUUGUGGUUCUGAUUUUAAGCACAAAAGGUCCCUUAAAGAUCAUAUUAAGGCUUUUGGAAAUGGACAUGGGGCUUAUGGAUUUACCGGGCUUGAAGAAGAAGAAGAGCCUGCAUCAGAAAUUGAACAAGAUGAUGAAUCCAUGCAGUAA